AUGUUGACGCUGCGCUGCUGCCGGCCGCGAUCCACGCGCCCGCUCUCCAGGGCCUCGUAUGCGCCCGCCGCCCGCCCCAGGACACUGGCCACGGCCGCCGAACAGAGGGACCCCGCCGACCUCGACCGCAUCACCACCCUGCCCAAUGGCAUCCGCGUCGCCACAGAGGCCCUGCCCGGCCACUUCUCGGGCAUUGGCGUCUACGUCGACGCCGGCUCCCGCUACGAAAACGAUGCCCUGCGCGGAGUCAGCCACAUCAUCGACCGCCUGGCCUUCAAGUCGACGCGCGCCACCACCGGCGACCAGAUGAUGGAGAGGAUUGAGACGCUGGGCGGCAACAUCCAGUGCGCCUCGAGCAGAGAGUCGCUCAUGUACCAGUCGGCCACGUUCAACUUGGCCGUGCCCACCACCGUCGCCGUCCUCGCUGAGACGAUCCGCGACCCGCUCAUCACCGACGACGAGGUCCAGCAGCAGCUCGAGACGGCCGACUACGAGAUUGGCGAGAUCUGGAGCAAGCCCGAGCUGAUCCUGCCCGAGCUGGUGCACAUGGCCGCGUACAAGGACAACACGCUGGGCAACCCGCUGCUCUGCCCCAAGGAGCGCCUGCCCUUGAUCAACCGCGCCGUCGUCGAGGCAUACCGCAAAGAGUUCUACAAGCCCGAGCGCAUCGUCGUCGCCUUUGCCGGCGUCAACCACAACGAGGCCGUCCGCUUGACCGAGCAGUACUUUGGCGACAUGAAGAGGGGCGUCGGACCUUCGCUCGUCGACAUUGGCUCAGGCACCCACGCACCCGCGCAGCAAAACUUCACCGCAAACCACCCCAUGCCCAAAGGCGCUCUGCUCGGAGGCUCCAACAUCAUCUCCAAGAUUCCCUUCCUCAAGAACCUCUCCACAUCGGCCACAUCCAAUGCCAGCCUAACCACAGCCCCCGACCUUGACUUCCCGCCAAUAAACACAUCGACCCCUUCGCAGUACACUGGCGGUUUCCUUACUCUCCCUCCCAUUCCGCCUCCAGCGAACCCCAUGCUGCCCCGCCUAUCGCACAUCCACCUCGCCUUCGAAGCCCUGCCCAUCUCCUCUCCCGACAUCUACGCCCUCGCAACCCUGCAAACACUUCUCGGCGGCGGCGGCUCCUUUAGCGCCGGUGGGCCCGGAAAAGGCAUGUACUCGCGCCUCUACACCAACGUGCUCAACCAGCACGGCUGGGUCGAAUCCUGCGUCGCCUUCAACCACAGCUACACUGACAGCGGUCUCUUUGGCAUCGCCGCCUCGUGCGCCCCCUCGUACACAGCCCACAUGCUCGAAGUCAUGUGCCGCGAGCUCAAAUCCCUCAGCGAUGAAUCAGGCUACGCAGCCCUCAAGGACGGCGAAGUCCAGCGCGCCAAGAACCAGCUCCGCUCCUCGCUCCUCAUGAAUCUCGAGUCCCGCAUGGUGGAGCUCGAGGACCUCGGCCGCCAAGUCCAGGUCCACGGCCGCAAGGUCGGUGUCAAGGAAAUGUGCAAGAAGAUCGAGGCCGUCACCGUGCACGAUCUCCGCCGCGUCGCCAAACACGUCUUUGGCGGCAACGUGUACAAUGCGGGUGUCGGUUCCGGCGCUCCAACCGUGGUCCUCCAGGAAGGCGAAAUGGAGGGGCUCAAGCGCAAGGAUCUCUCUUGGAAUGAUAUCCAGACCCGCAUUUCAAGAUGGAAGCUUGGACGUCGAUAGAAUGAUGGUUAUUUCCCUUGCAUAUUUCAUCUCCUCCCAUAUCCCUUUUUUU